AUGGUUGCCGGAGUAGGAGAAGCAGCGGCCACAGGGAGCCAUGAUGUUCCCUUAUCAGGAAGAGGACAAACACAAUCGAAGCCGCUGGGAGAGGCGCCAAAGGCAUUGAAGGGUGUCAAGGUGGUGGAGAAGAGCACAGGAUGGAAUACCAAGAAUCUGAGCAGUAGGAUCAUGGUGGAUGCUGCUUGCGCCGCGACUGCAGGUGGUAUGGUUGCGCCGUUGAUUAGUAUGAUCGAUAAAGCUAUCAUCGAGAAUGCAUCCGGUAAACGCCAGAUGAUGGACUCGCUCAAAGCAUCCUUCUCAACACUACUCUUCCGACCACAUCGGUAUCUUACUGGCAAACCCUUCCUUCUCAUCCUCAUGCUGUACAGUGGAACAUAUUUGACGGCCAACACACUCGAUACGUACAAAUCGACUGUCAAGAAUAGACCAGCGUCGAAAACCACGAGUGGACCUUCCAAGUUCGCAGCCACAAGCGCCGCAAAUUUAAGUCUCUGCCUAUACAAAGACAGUCAAUUCACGAAGAUGUUCGGCACAGCCUCUGCUCGCCCAAUACCGCCAGUUACAUAUGCGCUCUUCGCCAUCCGCGAUUCACUUACGAUCUAUGCUUCUUUCAAUGUGCCACCGAUGCUUGCGCCAACGUUGCCACUGUCUGAAGCGGCAGAGAAGUACAUCAGUCGUGCGUCCGCAGCUCAAUUCCUGGCUCCGGCGGCUGUGCAGCUCAUAAGUACGCCUUUCCACUUACUUGGUUUGGAUUUGUAUAACCGCAACGGUGGGACACCUUUUAGCGACAGGCUGAAAAAGGUUAGACUGGACUGGAUGAAGAGCAGUAUUGCGCGUAUGUGCCGCAUUGUACCUGCUUUUGGAUUUGGAGGGGUGGUUAAUAAUGGUAUGAGGUCCAGGAUCAUGAAGGGGCUGGAAUAA